CCAGCUUGGCUCGAGCAGCACGGGCGCUUCCGCCCCCGCCCCCUCAGCCCAGCGGUUCCCUCCUCGCCCGACCUCAUCCUCGUCGUCGUCGAUCUCCCCCUGCCUUCUGCUCCAUACACUCGGCUGUGCCCGCUUCGGCACGGAGGUCGCAGUGCGGGCAUGGAGCCCGAGGCGAAGCGGCCGAGGACCUCCUCGGACGGCCCGCAGAGCAGGCGCGCUUUCCUGGGGCGCUGCGUGGACGCGCCGCGGCUGGGGCACGUGCGCGGCCUCGGCGGCGGAGUGGGCCUGGUCGUUGUCGGGCCAGACGGCCUCGUGGAGGCCGCCGUGCGCGCGCCCGGCCCGGCGAUGGAGUCCAAGCUCGAGGAGAGCUGAGGGGCACCGGCACGCAGAUCGUGGAGCUCGGCGAGCGCGAGUUUCUCGUCCCCGGGUUCGUGGACGUCCACAUCCACCUGCCCCAGCUCCCGUACGCGGGCACAGGUGUUGAUCGGCCGUUGAUGGCCCCCGAUGGCUUCCUGGCCAAGUACGCAUUUCCCACAGAGGAGGCGAUGAAGGACCGCUCCUGGGCCGAGAAGGUCUACCCCGCUGGCCUGGACCUCCUGCUGCGCCACGGGACCACCACGGCGCUGGUUUACGGGAGCGCGCACCGUGAGGCCUCGCAGGUGUUGGUGGAUGCUGCCAUCCGCCUCGGCGGCCCUCGAUGCUUCGUGGGCAAGGUCAGCAUGGACCGGCACUGCCCAGAGGGGUACGUCGAGACGACAGAGGGCUCGCUGCGGGAGACGGAGGAGUUCAUCAAGUACGUCCAGGCGAAGAACCCAGAUGGGCCGCCCAGGAGGCCGCCGCUGGUGCUGCCGGUUGUCACCCCGCGGUUCCUGCCCACCUGCACGCCCGAGCUGCUCGCGGGGCUCGGGCGCCUCGCGCGCAAAUACAGGUGCAUGUGCCAGAGCCACCUGAGCGAGUCGUGCGACGAGGUGGCCUUCAGCGCGUCCCUCUUCCCAGGCCAGACGGACGCGGAGGUGUUCGGGGGUGCGGGCCUGCUGCGCGGGCCGUCCGUGAUGGGGCACUGCGUGCACCUGAUGCCAGGGGAGGAGGAGCUGAUGAAGGAGCACGGCGCCGCCAUCGCGCACUGCCCGCUGUCCAACUUCUUCUUCGCGAAGGAGGCGCUGCCCGUGAAGCAGCUGGUGCGCCGCGGCGCGAAGGUCGGCCUGGCCACGGACGUCGCGGGCGGGUACUCGCCCUCGAUGCUGAACGCCAUCAGGACCGCGGUGCUCGCCUCGAAGACGCUGCAGUUCCAGCGCGUCCCCGGGGAGGCCUUCGGCGGCCCGCCGGGCGCCCGCACGGAGGAGGAGCUGCGCGAGCUGCACGACCUCAGCCACUUCGACGCCCUGCACCUGGCCACGCAGGGCGGCGCCGACGCGCUGGGGCUGGGCGGCGCGCUGGGCACCUUCGACGUCGGGAAGGCGUUCGACGCGCUGGUGCUGGCCGCCGAGCCCACCGUGCUGCCGUUCCCGGGGGGCGCGGCCGAGGCCCCCGAGGACGUGCUGCAGAAGAUCCUCCUGCUCGGCGACGACAGGAACGUGCGCGAGGUCUUCGUCGGCGGCCGCAGCGUGCGCCGAAGCGGCUCGCCGGGCGGCCCGUGA